AUGCUGAGUUUAUCAACAGAAGAACCUAUUAAGAACACCGUUAAAAAAUACAAAAUAAUUUGUAUUGUUCUUCUUAUCUUGUUGGUGAUUGUGAGUCUUGGACUAGGCUUGGGUCUUGGACUAAGACAACCAGAAAAGCAAGGAAGCUGCAGGAAAAAAUGCUUUGAUGCAUCAUAUAGAGGACUGGAAAACUGCAGAUGUGAUGCAGCAUGUAAAGGACGAGGUGACUGUUGCUGGGAUUUUGAAGAUACCUGUGUAGAAUCAGCUCAAAUGUGGACAUGCAGUAUAUUUCGUUGUGGGGAAAUCAGAAUGGAAUCCAGCCUCUGUUCUUGUUCAGAUGACUGUUUGCAGAGGAAAGACUGUUGUGUUGACUAUAAAAGCGUUUGCCAAGGAGAAACCCCUUGGGUGAAAGAGGGGUGUGAGACAGUCCUGCAGCCUCAGUGUCCAGAAGGAUUUGAUGUGCCACCUGUUAUUUUGUUUUCCAUGGAUGGAUUUAGAGCUGAAUAUUUACAGACAUGGGAUAUUCUAAUGCCUAAUAUUAAUAAAUUGAAAACAUGUGGAACUCAUUCAAAAUAUAUGAGAGCUGCUUAUCCAACCAAAACCUUCCCAAAUCAUUAUACCAUUGUCACGGGUUUAUAUCCAGAAUCACAUGGUAUCAUUGACAAUAACAUGUAUGAUGUAAAGCUCAACAAGAAUUUUUCACUUUCUUCUAACGAGAAAAAUGACCCAGCUUGGUGGCAUGGACAACCAGUUUGGCUAACAGCAAUGUAUCAAGGACUAAAAGCAGGUACCUACUUUUGGCCAGGAUCAGAUGUAGCUGUAAAUGGCUCCUUUCCAACUAGAUACAUGGUUUACAACAGGAGUAUCCCUUAUGAAGAGAGGAUCUUUCAGUUGUUAAAUUGGCUGGACCUUCCCAAAACUGAAAGACCUGAUUUUUAUACCAUUUAUGUGGAACAGCCCGAUUCUGCAGGACAUGACUCUGGACCAGUGAGUGCCAAAGUAAUUCAAGCCUUACAAUCAGUAGACAAGGUCUUUGGAAUGUUGAUGGAAGGUCUCAAACUGCGGAACUUGCAGAAUUGUGUGAAUAUAAUUCUUUUGGCCGACCAUGGAAUGGAUCAGACUUACUGUGAUAAAGUAGAAUAUAUGACUGAUUAUUUUUCUGAAAUAAACUUCUACAUGUAUGAAGGGCCUUCCCCUCGUAUCAGGUCGAGAAAUGUGCCCCAGGACUUUUUUUCUUUUAAUUCUGAAGAAAUUGUUAGAAAUCUUAGUUGCAGAAAACCUGAUCAGCACUUUAAAGCCUAUAUGACUCCACAUUUACCAAAACGACUCCACUUUGCUAAUCAUAUUAGAAUUGACAAAGUUCAUCUUUUGGUGGAGCGACAGUGGCUGGCUGUGAGGAAUAAAAAUUACAGAUUCUGUGGAGGAGGCACUCACGGUUAUGACAAUGAGUUUAAGAGCAUGGAGGCUCUCUUUUUGGCAUAUGGACCCAGUUUUAAAGAGAAGACUGAAAUAGAACCAUUUGAAAAUAUUGAAGUCUAUAAUCUAAUAUGUGAUCUUCUACGUAUUCAACCAGCACCAAACAAUGGUAGCCAUGGUAGCCUGAACCAUCUCCUGAAGGUGCCUUUUUAUGAGCCAUCCCAUGCACAGGAAGUGUCAGCUUCUUCUGUUUGUAAAUUUAACUCUUGGAAGCCAACAGAUACUUUAGAAUGUUCAUGCCCUCUGUUACAAAAUGAUACUGACUUAGAGUUCAUGAAUAAAAGGCUAAAUCUCAACCAAGAUGAAAUAACAGACACAGAGAAACUAAAUUUGCCAUUUGGGAGGCCCAGAGUUAUGCAAGAAAACAAGGAACACUGUCUUCUUUACAACAGGGAAUACAUCAGUGGUUUUGGGAAAGCUUUCAGAAUGCCCAUGUGGACCUCAUAUACCAUUCCUAAACCGGGAGACACAUCGUCUCUUCCUCCCACUGUCCUAGACUGUUGGCGGGCUGAUGUCAGGGUUGCUCCUUCUGAGAGCCAAAAAUGUUCCUUCUAUUUAGACAAGAAUAUCACCCACGGCUUCCUCUAUCCUCCUGCAAGCAAUAGAACUGCUGAUAGUCAAUAUGAUGGCUUGGUUACAAGUAACAUGGUCCCUAUGUAUGAAGAAUUCAAAAAAAUAUGGAAUUACUUCCACAGCAUUCUUCUUGUAAAACAUGCCAUGGAAAGAAAUGGAGUAAAUGUGCUCAGUGGACCAGUGUUUGAUUAUAAUUAUGAUGGCCAUGUUGAUGCUCCAGAUCAAAUUUUAGAGCAUAUUAUGAACACCAACAUUCCCAUUCCAACACAUUACUUUAUUGUGUUGACGAGCUGCAAAAAUACAAGCCAUACCCCAGAAGACUGCCCUGAACGGUUGGAUGUUCUCUCUUAUGUCAUCCCUCAUCGACACACCAACAUAGAGAGUUGUGGGGAGGGCAAGAGAGAUGCUUGGAUUGAAGAAAGAUUAAAAACUCACGUUACUAGAGUUCGUGAUGUGGAACUUCUUACAGGACUUAAUUUUUAUCAGGAAAGGAAACAACCUGUCUCUGAAAUUUUGCAACUGAAGACAUAUUUGCCCACAUUUGAAACUAUUAUUUAA